UUAGCAUAUCUUGCUAUUAUAAAGUUUGCAUUUUAUUAUUGAUUUCGUUAAAAAUAAAAAUAAUGAGAUAACACUAACAAAAAUGGCGACUAUCGAUGAUUUUAGCAAUAUAACAAUAAGUACCAGCGAUUUACUCGCCUUUCAAAGAGAAUUAAUACAAGAAAAAGAACUUCUUCAAAAUAUAUUAGCAAAAAUUGAUAACCAAAUAAGUAGUCUGCAGGUGGAACAACUUCAUUUAUUGGGAUUAGUGAACAAAUCAUUAAAAGAUACAAAAACUGAGUCUCAUCCACAAAGUAUCAAGUAUCAGUCAACAAAUGAUAAUCAACAAGACUUUACAAACAAAUCGUUAGACUUAGCUGUGCCUUCAACUUCCACAUAUUACGAGGAAGAAAUGGAAGAUGAAGAUGAUGAGAAUGAGAUUUUAAGUUAAGAAAGUUGUAUUACAUUAAACUACAAUGAUAAUUUAAUUA